AUGGCUGCAUACGUCGACGAUAUGCUCGUCAAGAGCCGGGAGGAGGAUAAGCACGCGGAGGACUUGGCCGACUGCUUCAAGGUAAUGAUGAAAUACAACCUUCGGCUGAACCCCAAAAAGUGCGCGUUCGCCGUCCAAGGUGGCAAAUUCUUGGGCUACAUGGUCACCAAGCGAGGCAUCGAGCCUAAUCCGGAAAAAGUACAGGCCAUCAUCGACAUGCAGCCUCCUACAACCGUCAGGGACUUGCAACGGCUGACUGGCCGAUUGGCCGCCCUUAGCCGCUUCUUGAGCAAAGCGGCGGAUAAGACCGUACCCUUCUUCGAAGCCAUGAAGAAGAAGGAGGGAUUCGCUUGGACAGCCGAAUGCCAACGAUCGUUCGAAGAGUUGAAACAGUACCUCUCAUCGCCCCCAGUGCUGUCUACCCCCCAGGUGGGCGAGCCUUUAUUCUUGUACCUCGCUGCCUCAGCCAAAGCAGUGAGUUCGGUAUUGGUCCGAGAGGAUGACCGAGUCCAGCACCCGGUUUAUUACGUAAGUCGCUCGCUGAAGGCCGCCGAGACGCGGUACACCGUUGUGGAGAAGAUUGUGUAUGCGUUGGUAGUUACCGUGCGCAAGCUGGCACCCUAUUUCCAAGCCCAUACCGUUCGAGUUUUGACAGAUCAGCCGCUCGGAAGCGUGCUAAGAAACCCCUUGUCCUCCGGCCGACUUGUAAAGUGGGUCGUAGAGUUGACUCAGUAUGGGAUUGAGUACCAACCUCGGCCUUCCAUUAAGGGUCAGGCCCUAGCCGACUUCCUGGUCGAAUGCACAGCAAGAUUCCGGCUAUAUUACGCUCUGAGAUAUCGGUUCUCGACAUCAAAUAAUGAGGCCGAGUACGAAGCGGUAUUAAACGGCCUCCGACUCGCCAGGGCCCUGGGAGUCGAGCGGCUGCGAAUCAAGACUGACUCCAGACUGGUAGUCGGACAGAUCUCGGGUACAUGUGAAACUAAGAACGCAAGGAUGGUGCUAUACAUAGAGCGUGCGGUCGAGAUGUUAAAAGGGUUCGGGGCUUACGAGAUAGAGUACAUACCCCGAACGGACAACACGGAAGCCGACUUAUUGUCCAAAAUUGCCUUGGAAGGGGUACCGGACCAUCUGAUGAAAAUUUGCCAGAAGGAGGAGCUACAUCGGCCGAGUGUUGGAGAGACACCACCGGAAGUCCAGCAAGUAGAUCUCGGGGAAUGGGAUCGAGGGAAAAAUCCUGAAAUGUUCUGGAUAGAGGACAUCCGGCGAUUCAUAGAAAAAGGCGAGUUACCGGAAGACCCGGGAGUCGCCGCGAAAGUUCGGCGGAAAGCCCCCUCCUUCCGGAUCAUCGACGGACUGCUAUACAAAAAGUCGUUCGGUGGACCCUUACUAAAGUGCCUGCUUAGACCCGAGGCCGAGAAAAUAAUGGACGAAGCUCAUAGAGGCAUUUGUGCCGCGCACCAGGGCGCCCACACGCUCGCCCGGAAGUUAGUCGUUCAAGGGUAUAAUUGGCCGACCGUGAUGCGAGACUGCAUCGAAUGGAUGUCCAGGUGCGGCGUUUGUCAAGCAUUCGCCAGGAAAGACACUCGGCCGGCCACCUUUUAUACAUCGGUCGCCACUGCCAUCCCCUUCGCCAAGUGGGGAAUAGACUUGUUGGGGCCAUUGCCCGUCGUCCCGGGAGGUCUGAAGUUUUGCGUUGUGGCUAUCGACUAUUUCACCAAAUGGGUCGAGGCAGAACCAUUGGCUACCAUCACUGAGUACCAAUGUCGACGUUUUCUGUGGAAAAGGGUGAUAUGUCGCUUCGGCCUGCCCGAGCACAUCGCCAGCGACAACGGGCGACAGUUUGACUGCCAGGCCUUCGCUGAUUUCUGCCGCCGACACGGUAUCAAGCACACCAAGGUCUCGGUGACGUACCCACAAGCGAAUGGGCAGGUCGAGAAUGUGAAUCGAACGUUGGUCGAUGGGAUCCGGAAGAAGCUCGAAGACAUCCGAGGAAUCGAAGUAGUCGAACCCACCCACCGGGUUCGCACCUACUCGGAUGCAGCGAACGAGGAGAAUUUGCGGAUCGAGAAAAACUUCCUAGAAGAAAGGAGGGAAGCCGCGAGUGCACGGAUGGUCGAGUACCAGCAGGCGGUGAAAAGAUAUCGCGACCGGAAGACUCGCCCGCGAACCUUCCAGGUUGGCGACCUCGUGUUAUGCGAUCGACAGGCCAGUCAGCCCACCGAAGGGGGCAAGUUUGCGGUUAAGUGGGAGGGGUCAUACCGUAUUGCAGCGGUGGUCCAAGCUGGAACCUAUAAGCUAGAGACCAUGGAAGGCAAGCUCAUAGAUCGCAUAUGGAAUGCCACCCAUUUGAAAAGGUUCUAUCAGUAG